AUGAAGGCAAACCGCAGGGAAUGCGGGCGCAUCCUCAUAGAGAAAGGAGCCGAUGUCAGUGCGCAUACCCUGGAGGGAGAAAACUGCCUUCAUCUUGCUAUCAUGCACCAGAAUGUAGAGCUAGUAAGCAUGAUUCUGGAAAGUUCUGUCGGGUGUAAGUUGAUUGCGCAGUCGGGAACAAGAUUGGAGAGAACUCCACUUCACUAUGCAGCCCUGAAGGCAGCUUCACUAAACGCGGUCUACGAUGUCGACGAGAAUCUUAGAACGCCACUGCACUACGCUGCUAUCAACAAAAAGAGGUACCUUGAUCAAACAAAGAUGAUUGUUGAUGAGAGCUCCAACUCUAAUGACCGUUUUACCGUGCACUCUCAUGAGAUUAUAAAAAAGGGAAGACCAAACAGCGUCGUUUUUGGAUCCAAAGUGGAUGCAUCAAAGAAUGGUGACACAUUGACCGUUGGGCUUUUUCUGUCGCGCGGUUCGCGCGUCAAUGAACUUGACGACGAGGGUAACACAGCACUUUACAUCGCGUGUAGCACAGUCCACGUGGAGGUUAUCAAACUCCUGCUCGAUCAUGGAGCCGAAAUAUUGAUGAACAAUCAGGAGAUGAACUGCUUGGAGGCCGCACUGGAAAAACAAAAUGGAGACGCUGUCAUGGCACUUGUCAAGCACCUAAAUGUAAGACGAGAUACGAUUUACUGUGUAGGACUAGGACCUAUAGCACUACAUUGUUCAACAAUAGGUUCCUCAACCUCUAUGCACCGCUCCAAUCUCUCUUAUGUUUUUGAUUUGAAACCAAAUUACUUUCAAGUGGGAAAAAAAUUUCAUAGAACAAGAACCAUCGUCGCCAAACCCACUGACAUCGCACAUCCGAACUUUCCCCAAGGUGGGGAAGUCCUUAUGGACAAAUGUCUUCAGAGAAACCAUAGACCAUCAGAUCCCGCGAUUACCUACAACUUCCGCUAUCUCGACCCGGGACCCGACGAUACAACCGGACAAGGCGGGCAGCGGUAUUUCGCAUUAAUAGAUAUGGUCCGGUUUAAGCGCCAAGACCUUCUCACCCACCCCCUGGCUAGGAAGCUGCUCUUCCUUAAAUGGAAGACUUUUGGGAAGACAAUCUUCUUGUUCAACUUCAUUGCUUAUACUGUAUUCUUACUGGCAUUAAUUUUGUUUAUCACAUGAGAAAGAGAACGGAUGUCUUUUCAUAAAAGCGGAAACGGAACAUGGUUAUCUCCUAGUGGGGUGAAGAAAAAUGGAUUUCACAAUCUUGCUAGUGGGAUCAUUGUAGGUUUUGCUCUGAUUCACGUGUGUAAGGAAUUGCACCAGAUGAUCACACAAAGAUUCGACUAUCUACGAGACCCGACCAAUCUUUUAGAAUGGUGUUUGUAUUUAACAGCGUUUUUCUUCGCAUUGCCCUAUAUGCUCCAUCUGGAGGAGGUCCGCACAAACCAUUUGGUAAGUCAAAUGUAAAAAGUACAUUUUUUGCCCUUUUAUCUGUAUGUAUACAUAUAUUUAAUAUCCAGAUACGCGACGCCUAAAGUUUUGAUUUCAAACAGACAAGUAACCAGAGUUCGAUUGAAUGAACCUAUCCGCUACCCCGAAGGAACAAAAAGCCCAUCCUUCCUAUGGUAUGUUCUGAUAUUUACUGGGAAAAGUGGACACAAAUUGCCGAUUUCUUGGCUCUCUAUCAUAUGACUUUGUAUAUUUCAUCUCAGCUUAUAUUAAAUGGGUGUAUUUCCAGGUUUCUUGGCCAUACAUCAUAACUAUGACACCUGAAGCAGGGUGGCAGGGAAAGUAUUUUUGUUGCGUUUUAUGAAAUGAUGUAUUAAUCUUAUUUUUUUUUUUUCAAUAAACAAGUGCAAGAUAA